AUGAAGUUAAACAGUACAUUUUUGAGUCUUGUUUUGCUCAAUGGAAUUAAGGAGGCAUUUGCAAUCAUCUUAUCACCAAUUCUCCCAGAGCAACUAAUACAUAGGGGAGUAUCAAAUGCACUUUUCACUCCACUUUACAUGUAAUACCUUCCUUUUAAUACCUAUAUUAGAUGCUUUAAUAUAGCAUUUUUAUUUUCCUCACUUCUAGCUGGAAAGUAUUAAGGAAGAAUUGGAAGAAAAUUAAUGCUUAGAGUUGGUUUAUUCUUACAAUUUAUUGCAGCUUUACUAUACAUUUCAAUGAGUUUCAUUGAAUAAGUUGCUUACUUUUUAUUCCUUGGUUUCUUCGCUAGAACCUUGCAAGGAAUUGGAGCAGGUCUGCUCUAAACAGCAGCAUUUGGUGGUUUUAUUGGACUACUCAUCUCUUCUUUUCUUUCAUAUGCAAUUGGAUUUAUAGGUCCCUUUGCCUUAUGUGUUUUCCAAGACAAGCUUAUUAAUUUUGUAAACACACCUAAUGAAAAAAAGUAAAUUAUAUAUUUUUCUUCUAUCUCUGAAUAUUUAUUUAGAACAAUUAAAAUUCAGCCAGUUGAAGUAUUUACAAAAUCAACUAAAAUUUCGUAACAAAUUGGAGUGUAUGGGCUCAAUGAAAUAUUUAAAAGCUCAGAGGAAAAGAUCUAAUCAAACAAACUGGGUAUUAAUUAAAGAGUCAUUAAGGAAAUGAAAUCGAGGUAAACAUCUGAUAUUGAAUAACCAAUUGAAACUAAGUCAACACAAGAAGAUGAGCAAGAAGCAUAAUAAAUAAAUUCGAUAAAAGAUAUUGAGUCUGGUCCUAGAGCAAUAGAUAUUCUUAAUGAGUCUUUCGAAGAAAAAUAAGUGGCUGAGUAAUAAGUACAAAUAUUUGAAAAUGUUGGCUACAGUCAUAUAUUAUUUACCAAAAGAGGAUUUUUCGGGUGUGUUGCAAUCGCUUUAAGUGUUCACACUUAUACUUUAAAUGAUACAAUAAUUGCUGACCAUUUGAUGAGAGUUUAUAGUUUAGAACCUUGGUCUAUUGCUUUAAUUCAGUCUAUUUAAUCAGUGGGAUUCAUGAUUAUGACUCAUUUUACUCCAAAAUUUAACAAAGAAUAUAACCUUACUUUGAUUGUAGUUAUUUCCCAGCUAUUUAUGGCAGGGGGAGCAUUAUUGAUUGGUCCCAGUCAAUUCCUAACUCUUCCUGAUGAAUUGUAUAUCACUUGCAUUGGACUCUUAAUAUCAGGAUUAUCGUCUCCAUUCAAUAUGAUAACUAGUUUUUCAAUCAUUACCACAAGUAUUGAUUCACAUAUUGAUAAGAAAUUUAAUCCAGUCUAGGUGAAAGAUCUGGUCAGUGCUUUAUUCAAUUCAUUUUAUGCUAUUGGAGGAAUGACUGGUCCCAUAUUUGGGGGUUAUAUCAGUGAGCACACAAAUUUUAGAACUGUAAGUGAUGCAAUGGCUUUGUUUUUGAUUUUGAUUGCUUCACUUUAAGUCUUCAUUAUAGUUGUUCCUGAAAAAUUGAAAAAAAGACAGCUCAUAAAUAAAGUAGCUCCAAUAAAUGAAUAAGAAAAGUAAGGAACCAAUAAAGAAAACAUUUAAAUCAUUGAAAACAUUAACUAAUAGCCAAUAAGCUGA